AUGGCAACAGGUUGUCUCAUUGGUCACGCGAGACAACUUUGGCAAGUAUAUAGGCCAGCAUUAUCGCAUUUUAACGGUUAUUCUAUCAUAAAUCGCCUUUAUUACGACAUAAAUGUUGUCUCUGGAGUACGAAGAUUUAGUAAAGAGACUGCAAAUAAUGAUGUGGACUUUGUAGCUCUGGCGAAGGAGCUGCUUCGUGAUGAUGUACCCGAGAGAAUUGCAAAAGAGGCCCUAGAAGAAUGCAAACGGAAGAUGAGGGUAAGACAGGCCAAUUUGUUGAAGCCGCGAAUGAUUUAUGAGGGACCUGUGAAUAUAAACUAUUGGAUUAGGAAAAAGGGAGGUGGAGCCAGGAGAUAG